CCCGCCCUCUACAGCCGUACGUUGACAGUUGGCUCCGCCGGCAAAUCUCUCCACGCCACCGGCUGGAAAAUCGGGUAUCUAGUGGGACCGCCACCCCUGACUAAUGCAGUAGCCGCCAUCCACACUAAGAUCUGUUACAGCACGGCGUCCCCGCUCCAGGAGGCCGUCGCCAUCGCCUACACCUGGGCAGCAGAAAUGGGAUUCUGGGAGGAAAGCCGUGAUCAGAUGCAGCGGAAGAUCCGGUGUUUCUGCGAAGUCUGGGAUGAGCUGAGGAUUCCGUAUACACGCCCCGAAGGCGGAUACUUUGUCCUCGCGGACUUGUCGUCGGUGCAGAUUCCGGACACUGACUCUUUCCCGCCGUGGAUUGCCACUCGACGGCGCGACUUUCACCUGUGCUGGUUUCUGAUCCGGGAGUUUGGGGUUGCCGCGAUUCCACCGUCGGUGUUUUAUAGUGAGGGGAAUGCGCAUCUUGGGGAGAAUUAUCUCCGGUUCGCGGUUUGUAAGGAGGAUGGGCUGCUUGAGUUGGCGAAGGAACGGCUCUGUGGACUCAAAAAAUACAUCCGU